GAGGGGUGUGCUCAGCUCAGGCUUUACUUGACCUGCUUCCACAGCUGUUUGUGGUUUUACUGCGUUAGUCAGUCUGCUGGGAACAUGUCGUCCGUCUCCGUACCUCCACCAAAAUGCCUGCUGAAGUCUAUGGUGGUUCCUCAUCGUCACAUGUUCGGACCAGGACCCUCCAACGUUCCUCCAAGGAUCUUGGAGGCCGGGGCCAACCCUGUCAUUGGACACAUGCAUCCAGAGAUAUUUGAGAUAAUGAAUGACAUCAAAAGUGGAAUCCAGUACAUAUUCCAGACUCAGAACAACAUGACUUUAGCAGUGAGCGGCACCGGCCACACUGCCAUGGAGUGUGCCAUCUUCAAUGCAGUGGAGCCCGGGGAGAGCGUACUGAUGGCAGUAAACGGCAUAUGGGGAGAGCGAGCAGCAGAUAUGGCUGAGAGGAUAGGUGCCAGAGUAAACACCAUAGUGGCGCCCCCUGGUGGUUUCCUCACUAAUGCAGAAAUUGAGCAGGCCUUGUCAAAACACCGGCCCGCGCUGUUCUUCCUCGCACAUGGAGAAUCUUCUACAGGAGUCCUGCAUCCUUUAGAUGGCAUCGGUCAGCUGUGCCAUAAGUAUAACUGCUUGUUCCUCGUCGACUCUGUGGCGUCGUUGGGAGGGUCGCCUCUGUACAUGGACCAGCAAGGGAUAGACAUCCUGUACACAGGCUCCCAGAAGGUUCUGAAUGCUCCUCCGGGCACAGCGCCCAUCUCCUUCAGUGAAAGAGCAUGUCAGAAAAUAUUCAACCGGAGGACAAAGCCUGUGUCAUUCUUCUUGGAUUUGAGCUGGCUUGCAAACUAUUGGGGAUGUGAUGGCAAGCCGUCGAGAGUAUAUCACCACACAGGUCCAGUCACUGCGUUUUACUCUCUAAGGGAGAGUCUGGCUGUGAUCGCUGAAGAGGGUCUGGAGAAUUCAUGGGACAGACAUCAAAAAGUGGCGGAGUAUUUCCAUGCUGGUCUGGAGGGUAUGGGACUCAAACUUUUUGUCAAAGACAAAAAAGCAAGACUCCCAACAGUGACCACUAUUGUUGCUCCACAUGGAUACGACUGGAAAGAGAUCACGACCUACAUCAUGAAAACACACAAUCUAGAGAUUUCCGGAGGACUCGGACCUUCAGUUGGUUUGGUGCUGCGUGUGGGACUGAUGGGAUGUAACAGCAGCAAGGCCAGUGUUGACAUGGUGCUGGCGGCACUGAAAGAUGCUCUGAAACACUGCCACAGGAGCAAAGUGUAACAUGUUGCUGUUGGAUGCUGUCAAGAUAACCCUGAAUCAACUCUACUGUCAUUAGGAAGUAAUAAAUAAACCCUUAUUCUCAGCA